CAUCUUAAACAUCCAGCAUAGAGAAAAGUGACAUCCAGCAUGGAUAAAUCUUCAUCGAGAGAUUGUUUGUUUUCGAGAUAAACAGAGAGGUUAAAAGUGAUAAAAUUAAAUUGUUAAUUUCGUGAUUUACGGAAUCAAAUCUGUAUACAUUGUAAAAUUAAUGGAACAAAGUAGCUCUAAAAUGGACGAUGAAAAAAAGACAGAGCGUAAAAGAAAACGAUUUGCUGCACGACUUUUAAAUUCUAAAGGAAUUUUAUGUACAGAUUUAAGAGGGCCUAAUAUUAUAUUAUGCAAUGCUGGUCAAGCUACAGGGCUAGACAAAAAAUCUAUUUUAAAGUUAGUAUCAAGUUUACCGUGUAAAAUAGAAAUCCCAAAACUAAUAGCUGAAAAAGGAGAAACAUAUUCUUUCUUAGUAUUUAAUUCAACUGAAAGUUCUUCAUUAUUUUAUGAUGUGCAUAAUGGAAAGUCUAAGAUUGGAGAGAACACUCCAGUGUACAUGUAUUUUGUAGAAACUGUACCAAAUACAGAAGUUAUAUGCAACCAUCCAAAACCUAGAGGUUUGCGAAUAAUAGAAGAUUUUAUAACAUCAGAAGAAGAAAAAGAAUUAAUAACCCUCUUUGAUUGGGCAGAAAAUAUUGAAAGUAGUAACUUAAAGAAUCGUCUUGUCAAACAUUACGGCUAUGAGUUCAGAUACGGAAGUAACGAUGUUGAUUUGGAUUCCCCUCUCCCAGAAAAGAUUCCUGAAGAGUUCAACAUACUUUGGAAGAGGUUGAGACAACAUGAUUGGGAUUUGGGAAAACCUGAUCAAUUGACUGUUAAUAAAUAUUCUCCUGGUCACGGUAUACCAAUGCAUGUUGAUAAGCAUAGUCCAUUUGGAGAUACUAUCUUGUCUCUGUCACUUGGCUCGUCAAUUGUUAUGGAUUGGAAGCAUCAUGACAGCAAAUAUGUGCCAGUCGUAGUAAAAGGUAGAUCAAUGCUUAUAAUGCAAGGUGAAGCCAGAUAUGACUGGCAACAUGGUAUUCAGUCAAGAACAUGGGAUCCUGUAAUAGAAGAUAGAACUAUAGUAUCCGAAAAUUGUGAGAAACUGGUAAAAGUCAUCACCAGUGAAACAGUGGAGAGGCAAGUCAGGAUAUCAUUAACAUUUCGUUGGACUAAAAGUGGUCCAUGUGAGUGUGAAUACAAGACCAUGUGCGAUAGUGUCACUCCUAGUUCUGAAAACAUUGAAGACACAGUAGCAACAAACUUGGAGGAAUUGCAUGUUCAUCAGGUGUACGAGCGAAUAGCAGGUCACUUCAGCAGGACGCGGCAUAAGCCGUGGCCACGCGUGGUGGAGUUCAUGCGCAAUGUGCCCACGGGCUCAGUAGUGCUCGACCUGGGCUGCGGGAACGGCAAGAACAUACUGCCCAGGACGGAUAUAUUACAGAUAGCGGGCGAACGCAGCGAGGGCUUGCUGCGCGAGUGUAGGCAGCGCGUAGAGGAGGCGGGCGGCGUGUGGGCGCAGUGUGUCCGCGUGGACGCGCUACACGCGGCGCUCGCGGACGAGUGCGUGGAUUACGUCAUAUGUGUCGCCGUACUGCACCACUUCAGUAGCGCGAAGAGAAGACAGAAGGCUGUAGCGACGAUAUGGCGAUUACUCAGGCCUGGAGGUAAGGCGCUCAUUACUGUCUGGGCGAAGGAUCAGACCAAAUCGAACUAUCUGUGCAAAAACAGAGCGCCAAAUGCUACAGAAGAGCAAUGCGUCACCAUUAGCGGAGUGAGCCUCCCAGUCCACGAGAACAGAACGCAGUUCCAGCACAACGAUGUACUGGUGCCUUGGAAACUUAGACAGGUCAAGGAAAAUAAAACUCUAACAGACACACCACAAGACACACUUCUAAGAUUCUACCAUGUCUUCGAAGAAGGCGAAUUGGAGGAGCUUUGCAAGAAACUACCUUUCACAGUCGAACAGAGCUUCUACGAUGAAGGUAAUUGGUGUGUUGCUGUUGAAAAAAUAAAAAGUUAACGCAA